CCCGAUUCCCCUUUGUUCGGCUUCGCCAUUUUGCUAGGCAGCGGCAGUGGCGGCGGCAGCGGCGGCUGGAGCCUCUGAUUGGGUUUCGGGGUCCGGUACUGGAGCCAAUCAGCGCGGGCAGCGAACCGGGGGAGCGAGGCACGAAUUCAUGAAGGCCUGGAGAAAAGUUUGGGGAAAGAUUUAUCUACAUUUUGCUUAUAUACAGCUGUACCUCCCCCAUGUUUCCAAGGAGUGCAUCUUGAAGUCUUCUAGGAUCUCCAGAGUGAAACUCAACUGUGGUCAAGACUCUAACUUGGAGGGACCAUGGAACAGUAUACAGCAAACAGCAAUAGUUCAACAGAGCAGAUUGUUGUACAGGCUGGACAGAUUCAGCAGCAGCAGCAGGGUGGUGUUACUGCUGUCCAGUUGCAGACUGAGGCCCAGGUGGCAUCCGCCUCAGGCCAGCAAGUCCAGACCCUCCAGGUAGUCCAGGGGCAGCCAUUAAUGGUACAGGUCAGUGGAGGCCAGUUAAUCACAUCAACUGGCCAACCCAUCAUGGUCCAGGCUGUUCCUGGUGGACAAGGUCAAACCAUCAUGCAAGUACCUGUAUCUGGGACACAGGGUUUGCAGCAGAUACAGUUGGUCCCACCUGGACAGAUCCAGAUCCAGGGUGGGCAGGCUGUGCAGGUGCAGGGCCAGCAGGGCCAGACCCAGCAGAUCAUCAUCCAGCAGCCCCAGACAGCCGUCACUGCUGGCCAGACGCAGACGCAACAGCAGAUUGCUGUCCAGGGGCAGCAAGUGGCACAAACUGCCGAAGGGCAGACCAUCGUCUAUCAGCCAGUUAAUGCAGAUGGCACCAUUCUCCAGCAAGUUACAGUCCCUGUUUCAGGCAUGAUCACCAUCCCUGCAGCCAGUUUGGCAGGAGCACAGAUUGUUCAGACCGGAGCCAAUACCAACACAACCAGCAGCGGGCAAGGGACUGUCACUGUGACACUACCAGUGGCAGGCAAUGUGGUCAAUUCAGGAGGGAUGGUCAUGAUGGUACCUGGUGCUGGCUCUGUGCCUGCUAUCCAGAGAAUCCCUCUCCCUGGGGCAGAGAUGCUUGAAGAAGAGCCUCUCUAUGUGAAUGCCAAACAGUACCACCGUAUACUUAAGAGGAGGCAAGCCCGGGCUAAAUUAGAGGCAGAAGGGAAAAUUCCGAAGGAAAGAAGGAAAUACCUGCAUGAGUCUCGGCACCGUCAUGCCAUGGCACGGAAGCGUGGUGAAGGUGGACGAUUUUUCUCUCCAAAGGAAAAAGAUAGUCCCCAUAUGCAGGAUCCAAAUCAAGCAGAUGAAGAGGCUAUGACACAGAUCAUCCGAGUGUCCUAACCCCAGGCCAUGUGAUGGAACUGAUCAAGGUCAUGUUCCUCGCACUGUUUCCCACUGUUCCAAGGAAACUGAUCAGCUCUUCCAAUGGGACACUGACGAUUACAUUCUGCCCUUUUCUACAGGACAGAAACCACUUAGUUUUUAAUAAGUGGCUCAGUAUUAUAAUUGCAAGGAUGUCUGGCAAAUUGAAGUUGCAAGCCUUUGUCUCACCCUUUCAGUCAGGACUUAUUUCAGACUGUUGGUGACAUUGACAUUUCAUGGAUUGGGAUGAUGCAGGGGACCCAUGCCAGCCCAGCAGUACCACACCUAGCACUUAAUGUUGACUGGUAAUGCCAGCCAGCCAUCUCAGCAGAGGAGAACGACCUUCUCAACCUAAACUGCAGUCAGGGAAGCUGCAGCCCACUCCUUCCCAUGGAUUCCAAACAGCACCCAUCCCUCUGAUGGGGGAUCUCAGGCUGACUAAUGGACACUUUGUAUUCAGAGAUGGUUUCCAGGCAAGGAAGCUUCAUCUCAUGAUAUGGAAACAAUAAAUUCUCUGAGAUACAUUCA